AUGAAAAGGGCUAAUACUGAAAGUAAUAGUAAAGAAGUAGCCUUAUUCUCGCAUUUGGAAAUUCCUAAAGAACUAAAUACAAGUUUGGCGCCUAAAGAAGUUCAUCCAGCUGUAAUUCAAGAUUAUAAGACACCAGCAGGUUACACCUUAUCACGUCAUCUACCUACACAUCUUUCACCUCAAAUAAAAUAUUUGGUGAAAGCACGUCCAUUAUCGGUGGGUAUGGGCAAUGCUAUUAGAUACCUUAAGUUAGAAAUCUCAACAAUGAAUAUUGAUAUAUCAGAUGACGAAGCAAAAAUUGCAUUAUGUGACAAAAUCGAUAACUUUAUUCGCGAUCGUAUAACAGUUGCUGAUACAAUGAUUGUUGAAUAUGGGUUACAAAAAAUUCAAGAUGGUGAUGUAAUAUUAACAUAUGCAAGGUCAUCAGUUGUACAAGCAUUGUUAUUAGAAGCAAAAGCAAAAGGAAUAAAGUUUAGAGUCAUCAUUAUAGAUUCUCGACCAAGAUUAGAAGGCAAAAGACUUUUAAAUAAAUUGGUAAACGCGGGAAUCAAUUGCACAUAUGCUUUUCUUCAUGCACUUGGAUUUGUAUUAAAAGAUGUUUCAAAAGUUUUUCUUGGUGCAAAUGCUUUCAUGUCAAACGGAACACUUUACUCACGUGUUGGCACUGCAUUGGUAGCAAUGAUGGCUAAAGGAAAAGAUAUUCCAGUUAUUGUAUGUUGUGAAACUUAUAAAUUCACCGACAAAGUACAAUUAGAUUCUUUUGUGACUAAUGAACAAGCACGCCCUGAUGAAUUAAUUAAUACCUCUACCUGUUCAAUACCAAAAUCUGGUUCAUUGAGUGAUUGGCUUCAAAAACCAGAUUUAAAAUUAUUAAACAUCUUAUAUGAUUUGACACCUUCAAAAUACAUAACAACUGUUAUCACUGAAGUUGGAAUGAUUCCAUGUACAAGUGUUCCUGUGAUUUUAAGAGAAAUAAAAUAA